AUUCCUCAGCGAAUAAUAAAUAUGUCUGUUACUCUCUCUCUCUCUCUCUCUCUCUCUCUCUGUGCACCGUUUAAGAAGAGGUUGAUCUGUUCGGAGUUAUUUUCUCUCUCUUGAUUUUCACAGCAAUAGGCAAGUUUCAUCUAAUAUGGACUCUCCCAGAAAAGUUCAAGCCGGUCUGGGUUCUGUGAGAUUCAUGCUGUUAGGCACAAAUUUUGUUUGUUCCUCUUAUUUGUAUCAGACUUUUUGAGAGAAGUACCUGAUUUGCCUUCCUCCUGGCUUACUUACACAGAUCUCUCUCUUUCUCCGUGAGUUCAAGUCAUCUCAGAGUUCUCUCUUUUCUCUUAUUUUUCAGUGUUUUUUAAUGGGUAUUUGAUAUUGUACUUGUUUGUGAUUGAAAGCCCCAUUGCCGGUCUGGUAUAAAACCCUAGAAAUUAGUCCCAACUGCUCAAAAAACCCAUCUUUUCAAAUUCUCAAUUUCUAGUUUCAAUGAUGAUGGUUUGUGGGGCAUUUAAAUUGUUCAUCUGGGUUUCAUUCAUGUUAUCUUUGUUAGGCUUUUCUAGUGGAUUUAAUCCUGCUGAUGAGUACCUAGUAGACUGUGGAUCACCCACCAACACUUCUGUGGGUGAUCGUGUAUUCUUGGCCGAUAACUCGGCCUCAAGUUUCCUUUCGACCCCUGAAAACAUUUUGGGGAAUACUUCUUCAAAUUCCAUCACAUCAUUUGAUGAUUCGCAGCUUUAUCAAACGGCAAGAAUCUUUAAUGGAACCUCUAAGUACACCUUUCCGAUCAGCCAAAGUGGGCGGCACUGGAUCCGCCUUUAUUUCUUCCCAUUUGUGUAUGGGAGUUACAAUUUGAGUUCGGCAAAUUUCUCUGUUUCCACCCAAAAUUAUGUACUUCUUACCAAUUUCAAUCCUCAAGACGCUUCUGUCAAAGAAUUCUCAGUAAAUGUUACGUCAAGCACCCUUGUAAUCACCUUUGCUCCUUCUUCGAAUUCGUUUGCCUUCUUGAAUGCGUUGGAAAUUGUAUCGGUCCCUGAUGCGCUCAUAACUGAUGAUGCCACUUCUGUAAAUCCAUCCGAGAAAUUCCAAGGCCUGUUUAUGCAGGCAUUGGAGACGGUUGCCAGGGUGAAUAUGGGUGGACUGACAGUCUCGUUUAAGAAUGAUACAUUUUGGCGAACUUGGGUUCCUGAUCAAAGUUUCUUAGUACAAAAGAAUCUCGCUACAAAUGUAUCAAAUGUCAGAGCUGUCAAGUAUCCUACAGAUGGGGCAACACCAGAUAUUGCUCCCCCUGCUGUCUAUGGUACUGCCACUGAGAUGAACUCAGCGGAUGAUCCCAAUAGCAAUUUCAAUGUGACAUGGGAGUUUCCUGUGGAUCCAGGGUUUCAGUACCUUGUUCGGUUUCACUUUUGUGAUAUAGUGAGUAUAUCUCCUUACCAGCUCUACUUCAAUGUUUAUAUUGAUUCCUGGAAUGUUGCUCCGGACCUUGAUCUGAGUGCUAGAACACUUGGCAUUCUGGCCACGGCAUAUUACAUGGAUUUUGUCACAGUGUUAGCAGAUAGCGGUAAACUUCGUGUAAGCAUUGGCCCAUCCUCCGUUAACAAUGCUUAUCCUAAUGCCAUUCUUAACGGACUGGAGAUUAUGAAGAUGAACAGUUCCAUUGGCAGCCUCAGUGGGGCCUCUGUGGUGUCUUCCUCAAUCCCAACCUCCAAGAAGAAUGUCAACGUGAUAGUGGGUGUGAGCAUCAGUUUGUUUGUUGUGGUGGUGUUGGCCGGCAUUCUGUUUUUUAUGUACAGAAGAAGAAAACUUGCACGUCUUGAACAUUCAAAAACAUGGGUUCCUUUAUCCAUGAAUGGUGGCACUUCCCACACUGUGGGAAGUAGAUUCUCUGAUGGAACAACUGUUAGUGCUGGUUCUAACUACGGGUAUCGCUGCCCUUUUGCUGCUGUUCAAGAAGCAACAAACAACUUUGAGGAGACUCUGGUUAUUGGAAUUGGUGGUUUUGGGAAGGUUUACAAGGGAGUUUUAUCGGAUGGUACAAAAGUGGCUGUUAAAAGGGGUAAUCCACGGUCCCAACAAGGUCUUGCCGAAUUCCAAACUGAAAUUGAGAUGCUAUCUCAGUUCCGCCACCGCCAUUUGGUUUCCUUGAUUGGGUAUUGUGAUGAGAAGAAUGAGAUGAUAUUGAUUUAUGAAUACAUGGAGAAUGGGACCCUCAAGAGUCAUCUCUAUGGCUCGGGUCUUCCCAGUUUGAGUUGGAAGGAGAGGCUUCAGAUAUGCAUUGGUUCAGCCAGAGGACUUCACUACCUUCACACUGGCUAUGCAAAGGCAGUUAUUCAUCGUGAUGUCAAGUCUGCAAACAUAUUACUUGAUGAGAAUUUUAUGGCUAAAGUUGCUGACUUUGGGCUUUCAAAGACUGGACCAGAGAUUGAUCAGACUCAUGUAAGUACAGCGGUGAAAGGGAGUUUUGGGUAUCUUGAUCCUGAAUAUUUUAGAAGACAACAAUUGACAGAGAAAUCAGAUGUGUAUUCAUUUGGGGUGGUUUUGUUUGAAGUUCUUUGUGCAAGGCCUGUAAUAGAUCCAUCACUCCCAAGGGAGAUGGUGAAUCUAGCUGAAUGGUCAAUGAAGUGGCAGAAGAGGGGGCAGUUGGAGCAAAUAAUAGAUCCUAAUCUUGUUGGGAAAAUAAGACCAGAUUCUCUUAGAAAAUUUGGGGAAACAGCGGAGAAAUGCUUGGCCGACUAUGGUGUUGACAGGCCCUCUAUGGGAGAUGUCUUAUGGAAUCUGGAGUACGCACUACAGCUUCAAGAGGCAAUUCUCCAAAAUGAUCCUGAUGAAAACAGUAGUAUUGUCAUUGGCGAGCUGUGUCCACUGGUCAGUGACUUUAAUCCUGUUGAUGCAAGUGCUUCAGCUGCUCAGUUUGAAUUGUCAAACGUAGAUGAACUUUCAAAUGCUUCAAUGAGUAAGGUGUUCUCACAGUUGGUGAAAUCUGAGGGUAGAUAAUCGAAUGAAGAUGGUAUGUAAUAUGGGUUGAGCUCCUCUUUGGUUAACGUCUUUCUUGUUCAUCCUCACCAACCACUGCUCGCCGCAUCAGGGUGCACAAAAAUGUUAACUGGCAUACCUUGAUGUGGCUUGCUGCAAUUGCCCAUUAGCUGAAAUUAAGAGGGGUUGUGCCCAUAUUAUGUGGCUAUUCAUUAGUGUAGGCUUCUAUAAGAGACUAGAUUCAUCACUGUAGGCUUCUAUAAGAAACUAAAUUGUUGAUGGAGUUUUUCAGCAAUCAAACUACGUCUGCAUUCUGAAUUCUAUUCAGAAGGGGUGAGGUUUAGCGAGUUUAUGCCGUCGAUUUUUAUUACAAUGUUACAAUGUUGUUGUAAGUUGCUUUGUUGUGUUAUAUCUUCAAUUAUGUUAACUGUUGGUUUUAAUAAUGCAUCUUCUUCUGCUUCUGCAA